AUGGCUUCCCUUCUUCCCAGGGACGGCAACCCCAAGGACGACAACGCUCUGCUCGACCUUUUCAAGGAUCCCUUUGCGUCCACCCUCGCCUCCUCCUCCCUCUACUCCGCCAUUGGCGUCUCCGUCGGCUUCACACUUUUCCUCGCCGUCUGUUUCUCUCUCCUCCGCCCUCACAACCAGGCCGUCUACGCUCCGAAGGUCAAGCACGCCGACGAAAAGCAUGCGCCCCCGACGAUAGGAAAGUCGCUAUUUGCCUGGGUCCCUCCCGUCCUCCACACCAACGAAGAUGUCCUCAUGCAGACUGUUGGUAUGGACGCCACCAUUUUUAUCCGCUUCAUGCGCAUGUGUCGCAACAUGUUUCUCGCCCUGAGCGUCGUCGGCGUCGGCAUCCUCGUUCCCGUCCACCUUACCAAGGCCGCCAUCCGCGACAAGAGCGAGCUCGGCUGGCUCACCAAUAUAUCUCCUCUCAACGUCUUUGGUCGUGCCCAAUGGGUUCAGGUCGUAGCCGCCUAUCUUUUUGACAUCAUCGUCGCCGGCUUCCUCUGGUGGAACUACCGCGAGAUUGCCCAGCUUCGCCGCAGGUAUUUCGAGACGGACGAAUUCCAAACCAGCCUUGCUUCCAGAACCCUCAUGCUCUACGACUUGCCUCGCGAGUGCGCAUCCGACGAAGGCAUUGCCCGCAUCAUCGACCAGGUCGCGCCCAGCUCGUCCUUUGCCAGGACCGCCAUUGCCAGGAACGUCAAGGAGCUGCCCCAGCUCAUCGAGCAGCACGACCACACUGUGCGCAAGCUCGAAGCCGUUCUCGCCAAAUACCUCAAGAACCCCGCCAAGCUGCCUCCCAACCGCCCUACUUGCAAGCCCUCCAAAAAGGAUCAUGCCUACGGCUCCUAUCCCAAGGGUCAGAAACUUGACGCCAUCGACUACUACACCAAGCGCAUUCGCGAUCUCGAAACCGAGAUCAAGCAGGUCCGGACCACAGUCGACAAGAGAAGCACCAUGCCCUAUGGUUUCGCCAGCUACAGUGACAUCGCCGAAGCCCACAGCAUUGCCUAUUCUUUUCGUAAGAAGAAGCCCCAGGGCACCACCGUUACUCUCGCACCCCGUCCCAACGACAUCAUCUGGCGCAACAUGCCGCUCUCCACUUCUGUCCGCAGCCGUAGACGGUGGGCGAACAGUUUCUGGAUGGCCAUUCUCACUGUCCUCUGGAUCGGUCCUAAUGCCUUGAUUGCCAUGCUUUUCGUCAACCUCAGCAACCUCGGACGCCUCUGGCCUGCCUUCAAGACCUCGCUCGAGGCCAACCCUAGGUUCUGGGGUCUCGUCCAGGGUAUUCUCGCGCCCACCUUGACCUCUCUCGCCUACCUAGUCCUGCCCGUGAUCUUUCGCCGUCUCUCUACCAAAGGUGGCGACCAGACCAAAACCGGCCGAGAGCGACACGUCAUUGGCAAAAUGUACGCCUUUUUUGUCAUCAACAAUCUCGUCGUCUUUUCCUUUUUUUCCACCGUAUUCACCUUUGUCUUCAACAUUAUCCGCAACGCCACCUCGGGAGAGUCCGGCUGGGACGCAAUCAAGGGCGCAAACAAGGAUAAUGGCAAAAGCAUCGUCGACGGCUUGUUCCAAGCCUUAUGCUCCAACGGCGUUUUCUGGGUCACGUACUUGCUCCAACGUCAGCUCGGCGCUGCUACCGAUCUGGCGCAGCUCUGGUCGCUGACCAGGGCUUUUUUCCUCAAGAAAUUCUCCAGCCCGACGCCCAGAGAGCUCAUCGAGCUUACCGCGCCCCCUCCUUUUGAAUAUGCCAGCUACUACACCUACUUUUUAUUUUACGCCACCUCGAGCCUUUGCUUUGCCGGCAUCAUGCCGCUUGUACUGCCCGCCGCCGCCAUGUACUUUACUCUCGACCACUACCUGAAAAAGUACCUCAUUUUGUACCGCUUCGUCACCAAGACCGAAUCUGGCGGACUUUAUUGGCGCACUGUGUUUAAUCGCUUCAUCUUUGGCACCAUGCUGGCCAAUUGUGUUGUUCUCCUUACCACCUGGGUUCGCGGCGACGGCGACCACAUUCAAUUCUUUGCCGUCAUUCCCCUCCCCUUCCUCAUGUUUGGAUUCAAGCUUUAUUGUGCCAAUACCUUUGACAACAAGAUUCGCUUCUACAGUUUACUUAAUGUCCGCAAGAACCCCGAGGCAGCUCGUGCCCAGGCCGACCGCCAGCGAAGCGAAAAGCUGGCCAGCCGAUUCGGCCACCCUGCUCUAUACAAGAAGCUGAUUACGCCCAUGGUCAAUCAAAAAGCUCAAAAUUUGCUGCCCUCUGUUUACUCGGGCAGACUGACUGACGGCAGAGAUGUGGAGGCAAGCGAUCUCAUGAGUGUCAGUGGCUACUCUGACAUGUACGCACUCGACAGCAUGAAGGCUGGCAAGGCCGGCAAAGCCGCUGGCGUGCCGGGCUUCGAGUUUGUGUCUGAGAAUCACAUGGAUUUUGAAUACUUCAAAAACCGAGCAGAAUUUCUCGACGAGCAUGGCGGUGCCGAUUUUUACGGUAUUGAAAGUGAUAGAGCCACUACGCGAGCCGGAACGCCCGUCUCUUUUGACGAGCGCCCUGGGAGUGCCAUGUCGGGUCGCACGGCGCCCUUUAGCGCCCCACGACGUGUCGGCACUGGCAUGUCGGACACAAGCUAUCACUCAUACCGACCACAGGCCAACAAUGUGUAUGCGGACGGUGCUCACUCUCGCCAGGCAUCUGCCAACGAACUAGACCGCAUGCGCAGCCCUCUGGGCAACUUUGACAACUCGAGCUCGACUGGUUUGGUGCACGCUCAGCCGAUAGCCGGCUUUUCGGAUGUGCCCGUGGACGGUAGAGGCAGCCCUGGACCUCAGGCCUAUCCUCGCUCUCAAGACGGAUUCGACUCGGGUAGAGCCAGCCCCGCGCCAGGACGUAGCAUAAUUGGAAACCGUGGAUAUCAGCCGCUGGACUCGGGCCGAGCAAGCCCGGUACCCCGCCCUGGCGCGUAUCAAGAAGUGCCUCCGCAUGAAGACCGAAUGAGCCCGGCGCCUCAAUCGCGAUCGCAAUCUCCCGGCCCGGCCGCCGGGCCAAUGGGAGCCACUCUACGACAAACGACUCAGAGCCCGGCGCCGCGGCAGAUGAGCCCUGCUCCUCGACACACACAAUCUCCAGCUCCUAGACACACACAGAGUCCCGCUCCUGGGCGAACGCAAUCCCCCGGCCUGGCAGCUGGUCCUGUGGCUUCUAUGCCUCAGCCUACCCAGCCGCAGCAAAAUCCUUUUGGGCAGGACCAUCCAGGGCUUUAUCACGACGACUUUGAAGGGGUGCCAGGGCAGCCGGGAUUUUACGGAGCCCCGCCGGCGCAAGGGCAAGGACAGGGACAGCAGGAUUACCGCAGAGGGAACCAGAGCAACCACCCGCAUCAGGGCUGGUAA